AUGGGAGAAGAGCUCAAAUUCUCAGAUCAUAAAGCUAAAAACUAUUUCAUCAAUAUAAUAUGGGCCAAUUACAUCCAGCCCAACAAAAAACUCAAUCACAUUCCAGGUACUGGAGAUGCUCUAUGGUGUUGCAACGGUACAGUGCUGAUAGCAGCAAUUGGUAAAAGAUCGGACGCUCGUGCCCUGUCGGAUAUCCAACAAAAACUGCAAACUAACGGAGAUACUUUCAAAAUUGUAGCCGUACGACUUGUUGAUGACAGGCAAGAUCGUUCAACGAAAUCUGAUUAG